AACCAUGCCGUCUUUCCAGCAGGAUCGCAGUAUGAGGGGAACGCAGAGGAAAUCUUGGUUCGCACAUUUUAUGGCUUUAACAUGGUUAAGGAGAUCUGGCGAUGUGCCACCUGCUUUGGAAUUUACUGAGGGAAAUCAUCUGCGGAAACGUUGCAUUGCGCAAAAAGAAUUCAAGAGCGAUAACGAAAGUCGAAUCAAAGCGAUGAUUCCACUCAUUCAAGGAAAACUACCCGAUAACGUUUUGGGAGAAAUCUGUCAUCUAGUCGACAGCCCCUUCAGGAUACUGAGGGCUGCAGAGAGCGGUAAUAUUGAAGAUUUCAAUAGGCUUUUUACAGCCGAGCCGUCUCGCCUUAGUUUCAGAGACAGCAAGGGCAGAACCGCAGCACAUCAGGCUGCUGCACGAAAUAAAUUAAAUAUACUUCAAUUUAUUGCCAACCAUGGAGGAGACUUGAAUAUUAUUGACCAUCAAGGCAAUACUCCGUUGCACAUAGCAGUUCUGCAUGAUGCAUAUGAAGCAAUAGACUUUUUAUUACAAGUAGGAGUUGAUGCUAAUAUUUUGAACGAUAAGAAGCAGACCGUGAUUCAUCUUUCGACGGAACUGAAUAAAGUCAAAGUGCUCGAAGUGAUAAAAACCUACAGGGACAGGAUAUUAGUGAACAUUGGAGGAGAGCAUGGAAGAACAGCACUGCAUCUGGCCGCGAUACACGAUCACGAUGAAUGCGCGAGGAUACUGAUAAAGGAAUUCGGCGCGUGCCCAAGAAAGCCGUGCAAUAACGGUUACUACCCGAUCCACGAAGCUGCGAAAAAUGCCUCUUCAAAAACCAUGGAGAUAUUCUUGCAAUGGGGUGAAUCUAUCGGUUGUACAAGAGAGGAAAUGAUUUCGUUUUACGACUCAGAAGGGAACGUGCCACUCCACUCGGCGGUGCACAGUGGAGACUUUAAGGCUGUCGAACUCUGCCUUAAAUCUGGUGCCAAAAUAUCAACACAACAACACGACCUUUCUACACCGGUCCACCUGGCUUGUGCACAAGGGGCGCUUGACAUUGUGAGGCUGAUGUUCGCUCUUCAGCCAGACGAAAAACAAACAUGCCUCGUCUCUUACGACGUUCAAAAGAUGACGCCCGUGCAUUGCGCGGCUAUGUUCGACCGUUCUGAGAUCGUCCAUUAUCUUAUCAACGAGGGAGCGGACAUAAAUGCACUCGACAAAGAGAAAAGAUCGCCACUUCUUCUCGCCGGUUCGAGAGGAGGCUGGAGGACGGUUUUAACAUUGAUACGACUCAAGGCGAACAUCCAGCUCAAAGACUCCAACGACAGAAAUGUCCUUCAUCUCGUUGUCAUGAAUGGAGGAAGGUUGGAUGAAUUUGCCGAAGAGGUUAUGAAGGCACAGUCGCCGCAAAAAUUGCAAGAGCUGUUGAACGAAAAAGACAACACUGGCUGUUCUCCUCUUCACUAUGCGAGCAGAGAAGGACAUAUAAGAAGUCUAGAAAAUCUUUUAAAAUUAGGUGCUGUCAUAAAUGUAAAGAAUAACAACAACGAAAGUCCUUUACAUUUUGCUGCUAGAUAUGGAAGAUACAAUACUGUCAGGCAGUUGCUACAGUCGGAGAAAGGGUCGUUUAUCAUUAAUGAAACUGACGGUGAAGGGCUCACACCUUUACACAUUGCAUCGCAACAAGGUCACACAAGAGUGGUUUCUCUUUUGCUGAACAGAGGGGCGUUACUUCAUAGGGAUCACAAUGGUCGAAAUCCUCUUCACUUAGCCGCUAUGAGCGGAUAUACGCAAACAAUGGAACUUCUACAUUCUGUUCAUUCCCACCUUCUCGAUCAAGUCGACAAAGACGGCAAUACAGCCUUACAUUUGGCUACGAUGGAAAAUAAGCCCAACUCCAUAGCCCUCCUUCUGUCCAUGAAUUGUAAACUGCUUUAUAACAACAUCGACUUGAGCGCGAUCGACUAUGCGAUUUAUUAUAAAUUUCCUGAAGCUGCGCUGGCCAUGGUGACGCACGAUUUAAGAGGUCCAGAAGUUAUGGCUCUACGUUCAGACAAACACCCUUGUGUCACAUUAGCACUGAUAGCAUCAAUGCCGAGAGUAUUUGAAUCAGUUCAAGACAAAUGCAUAACGAAAGCAAACUGCAAAAAAGAUUCAAAGUCUUUCUAUAUCAAGUACAGUUUCACUUGUCUUCAAUGUGCAAUUAUCAACUCUCCUAUGGACAGCAAGAGUGGCGAUUCUUACUCCCAGUCCAACCCAAUCCCUCUUCCAGCUUUGAAUGCGAUGGUGCAGCAUGGAAGAGUGGAACUGCUUGCACAUCCACUUAGUCAAAAAUAUUUGCAGAUGAAAUGGAAUUCAUACGGAAAAUACUUUCAUCUUGCUUACUUACUAAUUUACUUAGUGUUUUUAAUGUUUGUCACUUUGUUUUCAUCGCAACUAAUGGAAAAGAUAGAACUCAAAACCAUCCCCGUACCCAACGCUGACAACACUACUGUCGUAAGCGUUUUCUCGGUGUUUUAUAUCAAAAAGAGUUUUUUUAAUUUAAAACGCUUUCAGAUAAAUUAUUCACAGUUUUCUACGUUUAACUCGCACAAUGCAACAACAGCAGGAUAUUUAAGUGCAUCGAUGAUCCUUAUAUACAUAUUCUUCAGUACUUUGAGAGAAUUAGUUCAACUAUUUCAACAACGUUGGCAGUACAUGUUAGAUCCUACAAAUCUAGUUUCUUGGGUCCUUUACAUCACCGCACUACUAAUGGUGCUACCAUUGUUCACCGGAGUUAACGAUGACAUGCAAGUUUCUUAUGCAUCUAUCACUGUAUUUCUUAGUUGGUUCACUUUGCUGCUAAAUCUUCAAAGGUUUGACCUAGUUGGAAUUUAUGUUGUUAUGUUUUUGGAGAUUCUACAGACACUGAUAAAAGUGCUAGUUGUGUUUUCUAUAUUAAUAAUAGCAUUUGGUUUGUCGUUUUACAUACUACUUUCUAAGGGGGACCAUCUUUCAUUUUCAUUUAUUAGUAUGUCCCUAAUGAGAACAUUUUCAAUGAUGCUUGGAGAGAUUGACUUCCUUGGGACUUACGUCCAUCCCCUACUUCGCAACGAAGAAGGCCCGACUCUACCAUCUCCGUUUACAGCGUUUUUUAUUUUGGGACUAUUCAUGGUUCUGAUGCCGAUUUUACUAAUGAACCUCCUCAUUGGUUUGGCAGUUGGAGAUAUCGAAAGUGUAAGGAGAAAUGCACAACUAAAAAGAUUAGCUAUGCAGGUUGUUUUACAUACCGAGCUAGAAAGAAAACUUCCUCAAGUCCUCCUAGAAAAAGUCGACAAAAUGGAGUUGAUUGAAUAUCCGAAUGAAUGUAAAGGAAAACUAGGGUUUCUGGAUUUAUUCCUUCGGAUGUGGCUUUGCAAUCCAUUUUCUGAAGAUGGUCUAGAAAUGGUUUUAGAAAAUAACGAGGAUUUCGUAUCAGAAGAGAUGAGUAAAAUGAAAAGAAAGCUUAAAGAUAUAUCAAAAACCCUCGAUACACAGGGCCAACUUUUGAAAUUAAUUGUGCAAAAAAUGGAAAUAAAAACUGAAGCCGAUGAAGUCGACGAAGGCGUUUCACCGAAAGAAUUGCAAAUUAGCUUAGUAGCUGGUAACAAAUGGACAUCACCUCGUGUCAGAAAUAAGCUUCGAACUGCACUGAGCUUUUCAAAGACGCAACAGUCAAAAUAAUCGGGCAAAAUUUAGUAGCAAUAAUUUUCAUAAAUGAUUGUGAUAAUGCAACAUGUUUGAAGUUGAAAAAACUAUUGAUGUUUCACAUUUGAAAAAAAAUCAGUUUUUCAAAGAAAAAAAAAUUAUAUGUGUAGGUGUUUUACAGGUUUCAAAUUGCAAUUUCAGCAUAUGAUUAGAUGUGUUUUACAACAUUAUUUUCUGGUACUGCAAUUUUGAAUAAGUACUGCUAAUUAUUUAAAAGCAAAAUCUCCAAGACCAAGAGAACAAAUCUACAAUUUAAUUAUCUUAUUCAUUAAUAAUUAAAAUGACUAAAUGUGAUAAAUUAAUUAAAAUAAACAGUAGUAGACAUUAAUCUGAUGACAAAAUUAAUUUUGAAAAGCACAGAAAUGUUUUGUAACAUCUAUUUUUCAAAAUUUGAAUUUCAUUUGUGCCUUUAUUAUAUUUUCCUAACAAUUUAUUAAAUGAUACUGUUUUUGCUUAAAUGAAAAGAUUCAGCAGGGUAAGUGUACUAUAUUUAACAUUUAGACUGUA